CACCUAUAAAAGGACACACCUUUAACUGUCCGUUCACACCUCAGCUAUCACCUGUAGUGUCCAUCCGACGCCCGCUGACCACUACACCGUCUUCCAGCCGAACCAUGAAGGUUGCUAUUGCUCUCCUUUGCCUCUUCACCGUGGCUUCUGCCAACUACAAGAAGGUUUCCGAACACGUCAAGCCUUUUGUCACCUACAAGAAGGCCAUCAAGGUCCACAAGGUCCCAACCCUCAACUACGUGAAGGUUCCAAGCUAUAAACUUGUCAAGGUUCCAACAGUCAAGGUUGUACCUGUCCAUGGCAGUAAACUGGUGAAGAACGUCGUCCCAGUCCCAGUGAAGGGCUACACCGUCCAGCGUACCGUCAUCGGCGGUGGUCAUUACGGUGGUCUGGGCUAUGCUGGUCUCGGUGGCUACGGUGCUGGCUACGGUCUUGCUGGCGGUCUCCGCAGCUACGGAUAUGGUGCUGGUCUCGGCUACGCUGGCAAGGCUCUUGGUCUCGGCUACGGUCACGGCUACGGCUACGGCGCUGGCUACGGAUACGGCAAAUAUUAAAACUUCUAGUUCGUGUGCAAACGCUCUGCCGGGGACAUAGGACAGCGAUACUUCAUACAGACAUCUGCAGCUACCCUACAUGUAGAUCUCUCAGAGGAUCAGCUGACCUCCCUUCCCUGGUUAUAGGAUGUAGUUUUCCUGUGAAUCACUUCCAUUUUUCUUUUUUUGAAAAUUCUGUUUCAUUUCGUUAUACAUUUAUGAAAUACAUGUUAUGAUAAAUA